AAGAUUUGAAACGUGUCAGGGCCACGGAUGCGCAUGAAACACUUGACAGAUGAAAACAUACAGAAACCGAAAACGCACAUGGGUGUUAUGAAGAGUUAAUAAUCGUUGAGCAUCAUGUUUAAGAAUCUGAAGAAGAAGUUGGAGCAAGGCGUUGCGCAAUCGCCGCUCCGUGGAGCACUGAACGCUGUCACAAAGUCUAAUGAAGAGGUGUCAGCCAGUCCUGGUGAGCCUCUGGCAGAAAGCACACCCAAGAAAGUGACCAAUGAAAACCAGAGUUUUAAUGCCACUAGUGACCAAGGGGCAGUGGAGGGGGGACCAGCCGUGGGACAGCUGGUGGAUAUUCCACUCCAGGAGGAAAGUCCCAACACAACCAAUGACUUCUCCUCGGCCCUGUCUCAGCUCCCUGGAGACGAGACGCCCCGGGCCGGUGGUCGAUCUCGAGCUUCCUCCAUCAGCUCGGUGACCAGCGAUUCUUUCUUCACCAACUCAAGCUUUGGCCCUCAGCAUCACUAUGUGCUGCCAUCAGACAUAGAGAGUGAGGUGGAGGAACAGACCAACAGUCUGGAGGCGUACAGCAAGGACGACCUGUAUCAGCUGGUCCGCAAGUAUGAACGACGCUCCAUCCGCUACAAGUCCAAGUUUAUGGAGGUUGCUAACAUUUAUAAAGAGGUUGUAGCUGAAAGAGAUAAACUUAAGAACACGUUGACACAGACACAGGAUCGAGCAUUCCGACGGAUCUCGGAGCUUAAGGAGCAGAUACAACUUGAUCAGCUGGCCAAGAAAGACCUAGAGGAGAACUACAGGUUGAUGCUGGAAGAGAAGGAUGAACACCUCAAAGUGUUCAGGACUCAGGUGAGACUAUUGAAAGAGGGAAAGGAAAUUCCAGCAGAACUGGAGGAAAAGUUGAAGGGUAAAAAGUCCCCCCAGAAGGCCCCAGUAGCGGAGGCCCAGACAGGGAGCAGUAAGAAAGAGGAGGGUGAUGUACAGCAGCUCACUGAGAAGGUUAAGAGACUGGAGGGGUUAUUGAGUCGCUGUAAAGAAACGAUUCGCAGCAACAAGGAGAAGAAUAGUCAACUAGAGGAGGAGAAUGCCAAACUGACCAGUGAAAUCAAAGAACUCACUAAACUAAAGGGAUCAGGCAGUCCUGACCAGUUAUCCAAACUACAGAACCAGAUCCGACAGGCCAGGGAGGUGAUACAGCAGCUGGAGGCGGACAAAGAGCUCGCUAUAGCCGAGGUCAAACGUCAAGUGCACGAGGAAAUUCAGGCUAAAGACGAGGAGGUGGCCAAAGUCAGAGAACAGGUCAAGGUCAAAGAGGGAGAGGUUGUUCAGGCACAGCAGCAGGUGGGGCAGCUACAGUCAGAGAACCAGGCCCUGGUGGAGAGGAAUGAGAAACUGGAGAAAGCAGCUAGAGAAAAACUUGAAAAAUCAAGGGAGAUUGUUAAGAAACUGAAAGAAGACAAACAGAAACUACAAUCUGAGAUGGAAGACCGAAUCCAUGAAGUUGAAGCCAAGAGUCAGGAGCGGAUCCAGGAAGUGGAGAGGGUGAUGGAGGAAGAGAAGGAGAGCCUGGUACAGGAGCUGUCUAAGGCCAAGGCAGCCGCUGUCAGCUGUAUGCAGGAGGAGACAGAGAAGAACCUGGCUAACAGAGUGCAGGCCUCUAUGGAGGAGAGGGACCAGUACUGGCAGCAGAUACUCCAGGAGAAAGAGAGUCACCACACAGAACUCUUACAGACCAAGGAGGCGGAGCAUGCUCAGUCACUGAGACAGAUGGAGGAGGACAUGGCCCGGAAGCUGUCUGAACAGGAACAGGAAAUGAGGCUAGCCAUGGAGGAGAGGGACCUACAGAAAAUGGCUACCCUCUCCCAGCAGGACUCACUUAGGGACCAUCUCCAAACUCAAGUGGACACUCUCUCUGCUGACAAAUCAAGACUAGAAGCAGAGUUGGCAGAAGCUCAAAAGCAAGCAUCAAAUCUAAGGGAGGAAAUGGAUGACAGGAUCCAGAGGAUCCAAGAGGAUGCAGCUCAGCAGAUUCAGGACUUGGAGAACAAGCACAGAGCAGAGCUAGAGGAGGCCCUUGGAGAGAAGGAGAGGGUGUGGCAGGAGACUCUACAGUCCGUGAGAGAAACUCACAGCGUCCAGAUGUCCGAGCUCACUCGCAAGCAGGAAGAUGCCAUGCAGGGAACAAGCUCGGAGCUCGAGAGCUACCACAAAGAACAAAUCAAGUCCAUGAAAUCCAACUACGAGCAGCUUUUGCAGGAGCGAGCCCACCAAGUGGAGGACCUACAUGUGUCAUUACAUCAGAUGAAAGAGGAGAAAGAAGGAAUGGAGAGGGAAUUGUCUGAACGGAGAGAGGAAGUCGAACAAAUGAGGAAGGAAAUAGAUGCCAUGUUAACAGAGAGCGGUGCAGCUCAGACCGAGAAAGAGGCCAAGAUAGAGGAACUUAUAGCAGAGGUGGAGACAUUGACGAAGAAUUUGGAACAGUUGGGGCAUGAGAAGAAAGAAUUAGAGGAAGACAUAGUGAAAAUGAUAGAGCAGAGAGAGAAGCAGGAGCAGAGUUAUAGAGACAGGAUCUCAGAGCUCACUCGGGAGAAUAGUGACACAAUGGCUGCCAUCUCAGCCUCGUCUGAUGAGAGCAUGAAGGCUUUAACCAACCAGGUGGAGGAGAAAAACAAAGAGAUUACAGAAUUGAUGGAGACAUUGAGGAAGGCUGAAGAAAAAGUUGCAGAGCUGGACAAACAGUGUGAGAAAGUGGAAAACAAGCUGUCACAGUCUCAGAAAGAAAAAGAGUUCAUGGAGGAAAAGAUCUCAAGUUUUGAGGCAUCUUUGUCUGAGUCCCUGAAACUGAAUGAAGACUUGAACCAGAAAGUGAAGGAGACUCAGGAGAUGUUCAGCUCCAGUCAACAGCAUCUGCAACAGGAGAAAUCCAGUCUGGACCAGAAGAUCACGUCUCUGCAGGAGGUGGUGGAAGAGGGAGAGCAGAGGGUCACAGAAAUGGAGCAGGUCAUCAUCCAGAAGGAAGAGGAGAUCCAGGCCCUGAAGAGAGUAAUGGAAGACAAUGCAGUGUACAUCAAGGAGAUGGAAGGAAAAGUGAAGGAGAUAGAGACAGAGAAGAAUGAACUGUCGGAAAUUCUUGGGAGUAAGGAGGAAGAAAUAGCUAAGGAGAAAGAGAAGUUUGAAAGACUGAGAGGGGAAGCAAAGGGCCGGUUGAAGGAUUUGAAGGAUAGUCUAGAUGAAAGUGGACAGAAGUAUCUGGACUUGGAAUCAGAGAGGAAGAACUUGGUCGAAAAACAUCAGCUGGAACUACAGGAAAUUCAACAGAAACUAGAGGAUGAAAAGUCCAACAGCCAGAAGAUGGAGGAAAGUGUCAAAUCUCAGUUUGAGGAGAUGAAGACAAAGCACAAAGAACAAGUGAACCAAGUGAGAGAGGAACUCCAAGAAAAGCUGAAGCAGAGAGAGAUGGAGUUUGAAGAGAAGUUAACAGAACUAACAAAACAGAAAGAACUGAAUGCUGAAGACCUUAUGAAGAACUUUGAGACAAGAAAAGUGCAGGAGAUUGAACAGAUUGGUGAGAAUCAUCAGAGAGAACUCAGAAGCCCUGUGGAAGACUGGGAGAGCAAACUCCAGAGGGAGAAGGAGGAUUUUGAUAAAGAAAGGCGGCAGCUGAUCGCGAGUCACCAGGAGGAGUGUGCUAGACUGAGUGGGGACAGACAGAGGGAGAUGGCCGAGGUCCAAACAAGUCUGGAGCAGAGGAUCACUGAGAAGGAAUCAGCCAUUGAUCAACUCAACUCAGACCUGAAGUCUGCCCAAGAGAGCAAGGAAGCUUCAUUGAGAGAGUUGACAGAAAGCCGAGCACAGUUUGAGGACUCCACCAACAAAACCAUUGAAACCCUGAACAUGAAAUUACAAGAAGCUGAAGAUAGAUUAAAGGAGAUGUCCGAAAAGAUAAACCAACUAGAAACUGAGAGGGACAGCCUUGUUGAGAGUAAUACUUUGUCAGUUUCACAGUACCAAGAGGAGAUAAAAUUGCUGAGAGAAUCUGAACAAGAAAAAAAACAGAGUUUGGCUGCUUUAGAAGAACAGAUAAAGGAGCUCAAUCAACAACUGUACACAGUAUCAGAGAAACAUGAAAAGGAGUUGUCUGAGAAAGAAGAGGUGGUGAAGGGGCUGAGAGAGGAAAUAAACCAAUUGAACAACACUAACAGGUCUAUGGAGGAGAUGCUUAAAGAACUCAAUGAAACGUCUCAAGCCAGAGGGGAGAAUGUACAGGAAAAGGAGAAUCAAGUUAAGGAGUUGGAGAAAAAACUGACAGAGAGAGAACAGGAAUUGAGUCAGAAGUUAGGGGAGGUUCAACAGGAAUGUGAUAAAAAAGUGGAGGAAAUUCAGACUGAGAAGGUCAAAUGUGAGGAAGAGCUCCAGAAGAGGAUCACAGAAAUGUCUGAGAAUGACUCAGAACUGCAGGCCAACCUAACACAACUAAACAGCAAGGUCAGCCAAACAGAGGAAAAACUGCAUGACUGUAUUCAGCAGUACGAGUCUCAGAUAGAGGAAUACAAGACUAAACUUGAGCAGCAAGUGGAGCGUGGAAAGCAAGAGGUUCAGAAAGUGGAGGAGCAGUGGAAGAGCAAGCUACAGGAGCUGAAGCAGAAGUACAUGGCCAAGUUAAAGGAGUUCCAGAAGGAGAGUCAAGACAAGGUCAGCUCAAUGUCACAGGAGUCUGGUGAAGUCAAGGUCAGGCUGAGUGACCUUGAGAAACAGCUGGCUCAGGAGAGGUCGGACAAGGAGGCCAUGUCAGAGGAACUGACCCACGCCAACACUAAACUACUGCAGCUAGAGGAGACGUCGGGGGAGUCCAAGAUGGCCGUCAUAGACCUGGAGAAGAAGAUUCAGGAAAUGGAGAGAGAACUGGGAGACAGGGACCAGAGGAUACAGCAGUCUCAGGAGCAGAUCAAGGAAUGUGAAUCCAUCAUAUCCCAAAAGGAGACAGAAAUUGGGGAGUUAAGAUUAAGUGUUGAAGAGAAGGAUAAAGUGAUUAGUAAAAAAGAAGAGAGAAUUGAGCAACUGAAUGAGAGAGUGAGUGAGUUGGAGGGUUUGGUGAGGAAUGGUGAAGAGUUAGGUGGGGAGUUGAAGAAAGAACUGUCAGAUGUCAGUAAUCAAGUCACUCAGCUACACUCACAGUGUGAACAGCUACAGAGUGAGAAGUCGGUGCUGGUCACCGACCUGGAAGGCCGAGAUAGUACGUUGAGCGAGCUACAAACUAAGUUAACCGAGGCUGAGGCCGAGAAAACCAAACUCUGUGAGGAGUACGAGUCUAGGCUGUGUGCCGUCCAGAACUACAAGGAGCAGUUGAUCGAGUCCGAGCGAGCUGUGGUACAGAAUGAGUUUGAACUCAAAACUGGUGAACUCAAGGGUGAGAUUGAGAAAUUGAUGACUGAAAAUAGUGAUUUAAAAACUGAGGUAGAGAAGUAUGUAACAGAAAUUAGUGAAUUAAAAAGUGAUUUAGAGAAAUUAGUGACUGAAAAUAGUGAUUUAAAGAAUUCUAAUGUGCAGUUGUCUGAUGCAGACACUAAGCGUGUGGAUGAGCUAUUUAAUCUUAGUGAACAAUUAGUGAAUGUGAAGAAAGAGAAAGAAGCAAUGAGUGAACAGUUUAAACAAGAAAUGUCAGAACUUCAAAACAAACAUUCCAUGGAGUUAGAAAACUUGUCUUCCAAACUGGAGUCUGAAAAUACAGCUAAGGUAGCAGAAUACAAGAAGAAGGCUGAAACGUAUAUAGCCAACAUGAAGAAACAGAUACAGGAGGAAAAGGAAACAUUGAAAGGUGAGCAUGAAGCAUUGAAAGAACAGCAUAAUGCUUUGAAUGUGCAGCAUGAAGCAUUGCAAGAGGAGCAUGAAGCAUUAAAAUCAAAGCAAGAAGAAAUGAACUCUCUUGUAGUGGAAAAAGGGAGCAUUGAUGAACAAUUAAGGGCAGAGCAGAAAAAGUGUGUGGAGUUAGAAGGACAGAUGUCAGAGCUAAAAUCAGAGAUCCAAAGGUUAUCAGAAGAGAGGGAGAAUAUAAUCACACAGUUUGAAAAAGAGAAAACCCAUUUGUUAACACUAAAUGAACAAGAGAUAAAGAACAGGGAAUCGGUGAUAGCAGAACAUGUUCAGAAAAUGGCAGAGGUUCAGGGGAGUGAGAGUGCUCUGAAGAACAAGUUUGACGAGGCUGUCAGCAAAGAAGGAGAAAUGGUUAAAACAGUGGAGAAAUUAAGACAGGAGAAUGCUACCUUAUGUGAAAGUCUAUCUCAACUAAACAAGGAACACUCUGAGGAAAUAGACACUCUGAGGUCAGAAAAUGAGAAAGCUAAGACAGCAUUACAGAAGCUGGAGAAAGAAUUCCAGAAUUAUAAAGCAAGCAUCGAUGAGCAAACAGAAUCUUCCACAUCUGGUCACCAGGAGGAGCUCCAGAAGAUGAAGGUACACUACGAAGAGAUGCUGGAAGACAGAGAGAACGAGCACACCUCCAAAAUCAAACAGCUGGUCAAAGAGUUCAACCAGAAGAUGGCCGAGAAAGACAGAGAGUUCGAGACAACAUUCUCUGAGGCCCUCAACAAAUCUCAGACAGGGGAGAGUCGGCUAUUAUCAGAACACAAACAGAUCGUGGAGGAACUGAACCGUGACCUUCAGGAGCGUGAUGACAGAAUUGACGAGGUCACGCUGGAGUAUGAAGCCAAACUGAAGGAACAAAAAGAGGACCUCUCCUCCAAGAUUUCCCAAUUACAGCAGGAUCUAACGGCAGCCAAACAACAACACCAGAUGGAGCUGUAUGAAAUGGAAGAGAGGCUGAAACAGGUCCAGCAGAGGGCGGUCCAGCAACAGGAAGUGGUUCACAAACAGGAAGUGAGUGCCCUGACUCAGGAGUGGAAUACAGAGAGAAAGGCACCCCUGCUGCAUGCCAGUGGACCAAGUGUUAUUGAACCGCAGGAGCUGCUCCACCAUAACCAGCUAGCAAUCAAUGCGCUACAGAGUGGAUCAGGCAGUGCAACAGUGCUACAGAAGCAGGUGAUGCAGCUCACACAGCAGCUACAGCAGCUCAAAGAGCAACACAGACUGGAGCUGGCACAGGUCCAGGGUAAUAUGGAGAUGAAACUCAACCAGGUGCCUCUACAGCCCAGGAGGAAGCAUGUGAACUUUGACCCCAAUGAUCCCAACAUGGAGUCGGAGUUUGAGAAUCUGGAGCUAGAUAAUAUGGAUCUCAGGGCUCAAGUUGCUCAACUGAAUGGUCAGCUAGCUCAGACUCGAAUCAGGGAAAAAGAGCUUCAUCAACAGCUGGAUGUUGCUAAGGGAGGUAACUCCCACUGGAGCCAUGAUGGACCCCCCAGUCCAGGCUACCACACGGAUGGUACCCCCGCUGGACCCCUCCUGAAUGAGGCCACUCAGCUAGAGUAUCUGAAAAACAUUCUGUUCCAAUACAUGACGGGGAAGCAAACGAAGACCUUGUCCCGUGUCAUUGCCACCAUUGUUCACUUCUCAGACGAACAGACCAAGAGAAUCAUAUCGUAUGAAGACGCCAAAAACACGUGGCUUUCCUCCCCAUGAAAAUGACCUGUGCCAAAACAGUUGCAUAUCAUAAGACAUGUUAGACAUUGUUGAAAGUGCAGGAAAGAAACUGAUGCAGAGAUCCUUGUGACAGAAGAGGACCAAGUUGGUUGAUAAGGAAACAAUUGAGUGUAGGAUGGGAUUCAGAGAUGAGAGAAAAAGGCUUUGAAUGAAAUUUAUGAGCUUCCUCAAUAAGAUUGUGUAGUCAGCAUAGAAAAACAUUCCAGAAGAUUGAUCUCUCUGCUGGUGAAAUUAAAAUUGGCUUGUUGGAAGCUAGGUGUCAGUAAGACAUCAAUUAACCAGGCAUUGGAUUGGUGUAACUUGAUCAUUAUCAUUAUUAAUUAAAAUCAAACCUCGCUUUAAAAAACAAAACCAAAUUUUUGGGGAAUGUUUGGCAUUUUGUAAAGCUAACUGUUAGUUUAAUUUUACAAAUGGCUACCAAUAAAUCUCUUCUGUGAUUGGUCAGAUUGUAUUUAAUGACAAUAAAUGUCAAAGGUCAAUGUUUCAAUUCAAAUGUUCUGUUUUGGGGAAAGAUAAAAAUGUUAAACUUGAAUGCCUGUGAUAAGAAAAUGAGAACUGCAGUUGGAGACUUGUGAAAUUAUUUAAUAUAUUGCUUGUGUUUAUGAUAUAACAACUAUUCUGUGUUCACUUUUUCAAAGUUUAAAGGUUGUUUCUUCUGUGGUGCUUAGUGUAUUCGACAAAUAUUUCUAAUAUGGUCAUUUACAAUUUUUAAAAAAUCCAAUCUUUGGAUUGUUUGAAGGCAAACUGUAUACAAGAUGGAGCAAAUGUUGUCUUACAGUGUGUACAAUAUGUAAAAUGGGACCAAUGGAGAUUAAAAGCAUUCACAGAAUGAGUGAAAGUUAUUGCAUUUACAAUUGAGCAAUAAAAUUGAUACAUAUACGUGUAUAAACCAAAAUAGUGUCAAUGAAUUGUUGAAUGAAGCUUGUUUAUUUUACUCUCAUUUUUGUUACAAAAAUGAUUUUAUUUACCAUAUUAUAUGUGACUAUUGUUUUAUAUUGAACCAAAUUACAUUAAUUUAUUUAUGUUAAGGGCAGAGAUUUAAUCCUGGGAUUUUUCAAUAUAUUCUUGAUCUUGUUAAGUUUUUUAGCCAAGUGUAAUUUCAGCCUUUAAUGGAGGAGUGACCGAGAUUCUAAAGACAGCAACAAAAAGGAGGAGAAAAGUAAAGGUCAAAUUUAUAACUGUUACAAAUGUUUUCAUUGGGCUUUGUGCAAUUUUACAAUUUUCCUUCUGUUUUAAAAAAUUUAUAAUUAAACUGUCAGCAGAGGAGAAAUCAACAGAUCAGAUAAAAUACCCCAUUGUAAUAACAUUGCCUUUGUUUGCUACAAUCAAGAGUGCAAUGUUUUUCUGCAUAUGGAAUACGAUCCUAAAUAAACAUGUUACGUUUUAAAUGUUAUAUAAAUUCCAUUAAGAUUACUGUAAAUUCCUUAUAUUACGCGAGUACUUAAUUCCGCGAUCUGGUGGUUUCGGAUCAAAUCGCGAGAAUAUAAAAUCGUGAACACGGAAUUUCCAUCCUUAUUUCUUAUAGUUUUGAACUCUUAGAAAAUAAUAGCGAGGUUUUAAAAUCCGCGAAGGGUGCUUCUCGCGAUUUUACGCGGAUAUUAAUUCCUCGCGGUUAAUUAGGAAUCUACAGUAUUUCUUGGUUCUUGUUAACCCAAUAAGUAUGAUUGACUAGCUAGUUUUCUUUGCUAUCCUACAGCCACUGUAUAUUUUGUUUAAAUAUUAUUAUCUAUCUAUAUUACUGUUAUAAUUUCCAAUCAAUAAAGCUAUUGGAAAUUACAA